CUGAUUUUGUCUCCAUAUGCAGAAGCCACUUUAAAUCCCUCUCCUCAGACUGUAUAGUUGUUAUGCAGAAAUUUUUUUUCUGAAAGGUAACAGAAUUGCUCCUGCAUCAGUUUUAUUUGAGCUCAUUGAAGACAGACAUGUAAUGAUCUGUAGUGAUGAAACCUGUUGGAAAUCUAGAGAAGCAGCUGGUGUCUUUGAUCUUGCUAACUAGCAAUGAUUCAAGUGUUACAGAUUGUGAAGGAGCUAGUGUCGCCAGCAAGACGUAGAACAGAUGCUGUGAAGAAAGAUUCAGAUGCCGAGCAGGAUGCUGCUAUCAAACUUGCCCAAGAACGAGCUGAGAUAGUUGCCAAGUAUGACAAAGGACGAGAGGGUGCCCAGAUUGAACCUUGGGAAGAUGCAGACUACCUUCUUUACAAAGUCACAGAUAGAUUUGGUUUUCUACAUACAGAGGAGCUUCCUUUUCAUGAUGCAGCAAUAGAAAGGCAAAAGCACCUUGAAAUUGAAAGAACUACAAAAUGGCUAAAAAUGCUGAAGAGCUGGGAAAAAUAUAAGAACAGCGAAAAGUUCCAUAGGAGAAUUUAUAAAGGAAUCCCACUGCAGCUGAGAGGUGAAAUCUGGUGUUUACUACUUGAUGUCCCUAAAAUGAAAGAAGAAAUGAAAGACUUUUAUAAUAAAUUAAAACAUCGAGCACGAGGGUCUUCACCAGAUAUCCGGCAAAUCGAUCUUGAUGUAAAUCGAACAUAUAGGGAUCAUAUCAUGUUUAGAGACAGAUAUGGUGUUAAGCAACAAUCCUUAUUCCAUGUUUUAGCUGCAUAUUCAAUAUAUAAUACGGAGGUUGGAUACUGUCAGGGAAUGAGCCAGAUCACAGCUUUACUCCUCAUGUACAUGAAUGAAGAAGAUGCCUUCUGGGCCCUGGUGAAACUACUCUCAGGUCCUAAACAUGCUAUGCAUGGCUUUUUUGUUCCUGGUUUUCCAAAACUGUUGCGGUUUCAAGAACAUCAUGAGAAAAUAUUGAAGAAGUUUUUGUCUAAACUUAAGCAACACUUCGACUCCCAGGAGAUCUCCACGAGCUUUUACACAAUGAAGUGGUUUUUUCAGUGUUUCCUUGAUCGUACUCCCUUUACAUUAACUCUCAGGAUAUGGGAUAUCUACAUACUUGAAGGAGAGCGAGUUCUCACUGCUAUGUCUUACACAAUUCUGAAACUACAUAGAAGUAAAGAAGAUGAAUUUCCAAAGAAGCCGUUGGGACAAAUUCCAUUGGAACCUCAGCCUGCCGUGCUUAAUCUUACUCAUAUGCUCAAUGGACAGAGCAACACUAGUAUUUCAAGAACACAGACAGCAAGAAGGACAGAAAGGAGACUAUCUCCUGAAAAAGUACAAGAAGAUUCACCAAAUAACCGAAGAAGAAUUAAUUCACUGGAAAAGAAGCCUUCUUUAAAACAACAAAAGCCUGGACCAGCAGUCCGGAGUGAGCUAUCUAAGAAUGACGUAGAUAUCAGAAAAAAGCCUCAGUCAACAGUACAAGACAAUUCUAGACAAUAUAACAAUGCAGCUGCUAACCAAAAUUCUAAUGCUACUUCAGAUACAAGAAGGGGAUUUGUACCUAAAUGGAAUAAACCUUCAGAUAUCAAAGUUAUUGAAAAGACUACAAAACUUACCGUGGAGGUAAAAGGUAGGUCAGUAAACCAUGCUAUUUCAGGCACGCCACCAAGUCCUGGUGAACCACAGCCAUUGAAUGUAAAGCAAAAGAUGAGGGGUUUGGAUGCUGAUGGAGGUAAGCGAGGGUCUAAUGCAUCGCAGUAUGACAAUAUUCCAGGUGUUGACCAUGAGAAUGAGAAUCCUGUUGAGGAGAUGCUAGAAAGAGCUCAUCCGCAAAGUCCCAGGAAUGUAACAUACUCUAGUAGUCCUAGAAAGCAAGGUGCAAAAAUUCCUGGCCCACUAAAAAUAUCCAACAAUUAUGCCAUCAGUUCCCAACAGAGAAGCCCAAGAUAUUCAUCUCAGUCUGAUGGGUCAGAUCACAGAUCAAAUGUUAAACAGCCACCACCAUCUUAUAGUAACCCACCUACGUACCAUGGAAACACUCCAAAGCCUGCCUCCAGCGCAAUUAGUGCAAGUUUUGUACCUUCACAGUAUAAUCAUGGGAAUCGAACCAACACUUCUGGUAGACCAUAUGGUUCUGUUUUUUCAACAGAUUUUUCUCCAGAUAAACCACAUAUGAACUCUUAUCCUGCCAAUCGCCAAAAUCCUAUUUCUCUACCUUCUAGUCGAAUAGAAGUCUUACCUGUUGAUGCCUAUCCUGGCAACUCUAGAUCACCCUCAGGUGUCAAAUUUAUAAUUCCUCCAGUGGAUUAUUUGCCAGACAACAGAAAGAGGCCGGAUGCUGCUUAUAUGUACAGACAUGAGAUAUACAGGCAGCCCUGGAACCAAGAUGCUAACCAAAGCCACUUGGGUAAUUUACAGAAGUAUGCAGCCAGUCAGCCAACACCUUUUCAGGACCAUAAUCUUCCAACUGUUUCUGUGGAUAGUCCAAUAAGAUAUAGGACUUCACCAACCUUGGAAGAACAUGGUUCAGCACAAUAUCAAUAUUCAGGCCCACCAGCCCCUGCCCAGCACUACAGAAACCAAAAUGAUGGGAUGUCUAUGCAUGAAUCAGUGCUUCUGUGAGAAUCCAUCAAUGCUAACUAAUAAGCAAGAACUGAAAACAUUAGAUAUAUAUUGCUGUGUUUAUAAUUGUCCAAGUCAGUAUUUUAUACAGAACGUGGGCAGUUCAUGCAGUUCUCCGAUAAAGUAAUAACAUUAUUUCAAAGCCGUUUUAAACUUUGGCUGAAAGGUAGUUGAGCUUUUAAACUUGCAUUGAACCUGUUGAAAGGGAUCUGAUGCAUAUAAACAUAGCAAUAGCAGUAGAGUCAUCUGCAAAAUGUGUCUAACACUACCAUGUUUCUGAAAUUUAAAUAAUUUGCACAGAGCUAUAAUCUUUCUGCCUAGCAACUGUAACACAUUUGCAAGCUGUAUUUUGACUGACAUUACAAUGCAGUAAGUGUGCUUGUGCAAAUACACAAACAUGUAGCUGGAGAAGAACUAAAGAGUCGAAAAUGUAGAUGCAUUUACUCUUGGGCUAGGUUAGUGAAGUAUUUUAUUUCAGUUUAAUUAUUUUCUUUGUAAUUUAUUUGAUAAAUGACCCAUUCAUUUUGGAUGGCCUUUCCUGUCUUUGUAUACAAACUGCCUCAGUAACCCAGGAUCGGAUUGAAGAUGGAGAGAUGCUCUGGGUUGUUAAUGUAAUCUUACAUGGGAUGCUAUUUCCCAGUUAAUCUCCAUUCCUUUGGCUGCUAUCUUGCCUUUCCCUCAGCCAGAAGGAACAGACAAGCAAACCAUGGAGCCAAAAAGAGUGUCACUCUGAUCUGGCCGACAAAUGGUGCUUAAAAUCAGGGCAGUCUGAGUGUAGCAAGUCUUUAGGGUCUGGGUGAACUUUCAGCACGGAGUCUGUACCUUUGUACCCAAAUCCAAUGUUGCAAAGCAAUGCUUUGUGUUCCCAUUUAAGUCCCCUGAACUAUUUGAGCACAACAUAUACAAUGCUAGAAGCAGAAAUGGUGCUGCAUUCUCACAGCAUGCAGCCUUACCAUGGGGUCUAACUUAGCAAACCAGUCAUAGUGUGAGCUACUGGCUUGCCAAACAGUCCUCUUACUGGUAUAAGAGUAUUGCCAGUUACUUGAAACUUGAGGGCCGAACAUGGGGGUUGUGUAGCUAUUUUGACCCUCUGUGUGUGGUGUAGGGUUGCCAACCCUCCAGGAUUGUCAUGGAGUCUCCAGGAGUUAAAGAUUAAUCUUCAAUUAAAGAUUGUCAUCUGAUGAAAUCUCCAAGAAUACAUCCAACCAAAAUUGGCAACCCUAGUGCUAUAUGAAUGCAUUCAGUGCUCUUUCCCAUGAGCUUGAUAAUGUCAGUUCAAUGACAUGUUUUGCUUUUGCCCUCCUUUUUCCAGAAAGCAAUAGGUUCAUGUCCAGGAAUGGGCAAGUGCUGCUGCACUGUCAGGUCAUUGAGAGAUUGUGUGAUGUGCAGCCCUGGACUGUUAAUAAGAAGCUUAAUAGACUCUUUGUAAUUAAAUAUUUUUUUUAAAUUAGUGUUUGCAGCCUUUUGUACUCUACAUUCUCCUUGGCUUUCAUCCACUGUGAAAA